AUGAAAAUCUGCAAACAAAAAAAAAAAAAAAAAUUGAAAAAAAAAGUAAUCAUAAAAGCAUUACUUCUCAUUUUUCUUAUCUUCAAUAAUUACAAGAUGACUUUUGAAGUUUUGGAAAACACGGAUCCCGAAAUUAUUAGAAUAUUUAUUGUUAGACAUGGUCAAACUGAUCAUAAUGUCCAAAAGAUUUUACAAGGACAUUUAGAUACAGACUUGAAUGAGACUGGUAGAAAUCAAGCACAAACUGUUGGAAAAUUCUUUUCUCAGAUCCCUAUUGAUUAUUUUCUUUCAUCAGAUUUGAUCCGAUGUCAGCAAACUUUACAACCUAUUAUGGCCCAUCAAGAAAAGGAUAAUGUCAAAUAUACUGCUAAUUUAAGAGAAAGAGAUAUGGGUAAGGUGCAAGGGAUGUAUUUGAAAGAUGCUUUAGAAACUUAUGGACCUGGAUUCCGUAAUUUAGGAGAAAAGGAAGCUGAAUUAUGUGCUCGAGUUGGAAAGGAAUGGCUUGAUCUUGUUGACCAGGAUUAUAGUAACGUUAUUUUUUGUACACAUGGGGGUGUGAUCACCAGAUUCACCAAAUAUUUGCAUGAAACCUUGGGAUACAAGUUGAACAAUAAGUUGACGCCAGCCGACUUGAAGGUUCCAUUCAACACCUCAAUAACAGUUGUUGAUGUGAGCAAGAAGAGCAAAGAAGGUAUCAUCCAGGAUUUUGGAAAUACCUUGCAUUUGGGUGGCCAGUUUGAAGUUAAAGAACAAAUGUUGAGAUAG